UCACUCUUUUAGAGUGACUCUAAGUGUUUGCUUCAAUUCGUGUUACUAAUUUUCUUUAUUUUCUGUUUUUCGAUUUCUAUUUUUCCUUGUGGUCUUAAUCUUCAUAAUUACUUCAACAAAUAUCUGUUAAUAAAAGUGAACAUCUUAAUUGUGGGAAUCAAUCACAUUUUACCAAAAUGAAAGUUAGCCGUAAAAGGCGCGGAAAUUUACCAAAGGAAUCUGUUCAUAUUCUAAGGAUUUGGUUAUAUGAUCAUCGUUAUAAUGCUUAUCCUUCUGAUCAAGAAAAACUUCACCUUUCCCAAGCUGCCAAUCUUACCGUUCUUCAAGUUUGUAAUUGGUUUAUCAAUGCUCGUCGACGUAUCUUACCUGAAAUGAUUCGUAAAGAAGGAAAUGAUCCUCUUAUGUACACAAUUACUCGGAAAAGUUCAACUCGACGUCAAUCAAAUCAUUCAUCGGACUCUUUUUUGCACGGUUCAAAUUCAUCUUCAUCUGACGAAAAUUUUGCUUACAUUUCUAACAAUGUUACCGAAGAGAACGUUAAUAUGACCGAGUGCAAUGAAGACACUGAGAGUGACAUAGAUGUUUAUUCCGAUGAUAGUAUUGAAAGUACUUCCUCAUCCACCUUAACCUUUACAAGUUCAAUUAGUCCCACACCAUCGUCCUCAUCAUCAAGUGGUAACUCUUCUUGGAAUGAAGCUCAACCAAUUAAAUUGUCUCAACGAUGGAGGCGCAAUCAUGAACAAGAACUUCUUAAAUCUGUAAAAGAAUCAAAUUUAGAGGAAGAUUCAUUAUCGACAACAACAAUUACCACAACCUCAUCACCUUUAGACAGUCUCUCUCGAGCUUCCCUUCAAUUAUCAUGUAGUCCACCCAACAAAACCAAAGCCGUUGCCUCAUGGUUGACUCAAAAUGACCGACAAUCAAAUUGUCAUGUAAUCGACUUGCCUGUAAUCCCUCCUCCUGUCAAUGUUUGUCGCGCUGAUUCAGGUAUCGUUUCAUCAGACUCAUCUUCAUCCGCAAUUAGUACAAUCGCCAGCGGAUUUACCUCUUUACCUUCAUCAGCACCUUUAUCACCUUUAUAUUCAUUAAGUUCACUAUCAACAUCUUCAUCAUCUUCAUUAACAUCAUUAUCAUUGUCACCAAUUCCACCAUCACACACAUUUACACCGCCACCAUCAUCAUCAUCACCAUCACAUCAUUACCAACUUUCAUCUUCAUCAACAUUUACACCCAUCAACACAACAAUUACAUAUUUUUCAUCUAAUGACUUCACUCCAGUUAACGAUGACCCUUUCUGUUGCCUUCGGAUUCUUGCUCAAGCAGCUUGUAAUGAAUUAGAAAAACAAUCAAUGCUGGUUAGAUGAAGUAAUUGACAAUAUUGAUUUAGUUUAUAAAAGCAUCAACAAACAAACAAAAAAAUAACAUAUAUAACAGAUAAAUCAAAAUUUCUCUGACAAGUUUGAUUACUUUAAAUCAAAAAAAACUUUCAAUAAAAUUUAAUUUUUUCUCUAUAAACCGAUAGAUGGCGACUGCGUCUGAACAAAGAAGAAAAAAACUAAUUUCUCUAAUUAAAGCGAAAGCUUUUCCCAUAUUCUCCUUCAAUCAACGUUAAUUGUGAUUAGAUUAAUGGAACAAUUAAUAAAGCUUGUAAUUUGUAAUCUAAA